AAGAGUGAAGGCGCUACUCCAGCUCGCGGCUCCCGGCACUUGGAGCUCACUCUCUCCAGCCGCCCCUCUGCUCGGGAAAGGGGCUCGGCGGCGACGCGGGUGCAGACGAGGGGCCACCGAGAGAAACGUGGCCCGGCCAAGCCAGGGCGGACCCCUCCUACCAAGAGGCUCCUGCCUGUAGCCCGAAGCACCCACUGCCUUCCCCGCUCCGAGAGGCUGUCCAGCCAGAGGGUAGGCAUGGCGAGGCUGGGAGGCCCCUGCCUCUGCAGCUGCCUGGCUGUGCUCUCCCUCCUCCCCUUGCGGAGCCUGGCGCAGUACGAGAGCUGGCCCCACUACCCGGAGUAUUUCCAGCAGCCCGCGCCCGAGUACCACCGGCCUCAGGUGCCCUCCGAUGUCGCCAAGGUCCAGCUGCGCCUGGCGGGGCAGAAGAGGAAGCACAGUGAGGGGCGGGUGGAGGUGUACUAUCAGGGCCAGUGGGGCACCGUGUGCGACGAUGACUUCUCCAUCCACGCUGCCCACGUCGUCUGCCGGGAGCUGGGAUACGUGGAGGCCAAGUCCUGGACGCCCAGCUCCUCCUACGGCAAAGGGGAAGGGCCCAUCUGGUUGGACAAUGUCUACUGCACCGGCAAAGAGGCAACCCUCGCAGCCUGCUCCUCCAAUGGCUGGGGUGUCACCGACUGCAAGCACACAGAAGACGUGGGUGUGGUGUGCAGUGAGAAAAGGAUUCCUGGGUUCAAAUUCGACAAUUCGUUGAUCAACCACGUAGAGGCAAGGCCCAUCUGGUUGGACAAUGUCUACUGCACCGGCAAAGAGGCAACCCUCGCAGCCUGCUCCUCCAAUGGCUGGGGUGUCACCGACUGCAAGCACACAGAAGACGUGGGUGUGGUGUGCAGUGAGAAAAGGAUUCCUGGGUUCAAAUUCGACAAUUCGUUGAUCAACCACGUAGAGAACCUGAACAUCCAGGUGGAGGACAUCCGGAUCCGAGCCAUCCUCUCUGCCUACCGCAAGCGCACCCCCGUGACGGAGGGCUACGUGGAGGUGAAGGAGGGCAAGGCCUGGAAGCAGAUCUGUGACAAGCACUGGACGGCCAAGAACUCCCGCGUGGUCUGCGGCAUGUUCGGCUUCCCUGGGGAGAAGACGUACAACACCAAAGUGUACAAAAUGUUUGCGGCCCGGAAGAAGCCGCGCUACUGGCGGUUCUCCAUGGACUGCACGGGCACGGAGGCCCACAUCUCCAGCUGCAAGCUGGGCCCACAGGUGACGCGGGACCCCGUGAAGAACGUCACCUGUGAGAAUGGGCUGCCGGCAGUGGUGAGCUGCGUGCCUGGCCAGGUCUUCAGCCCCGAGGGACCUUCGAGAUUCCGGAAAGCCUACAAGCCAGAGCAGCCCCUGGUGCGGUUGAGAGGUGGUGCCAACAUCGGGGAGGGCCGCGUGGAGGUGCUCAAGAACGGCGAAUGGGGUACCAUCUGUGAUGACAAGUGGGACCUGGUGUCUGCCAGCGUGGUCUGCCGAGAGCUGGGCUUUGGAAGUGCCAAAGAGGCCGUCACUGGCUCCCGGCUCGGGCAAGGGAUAGGACCCAUCCAUCUCAACGAGAUCGAGUGCACUGGGAACGAGAAGUCCAUCAUUGACUGCAAGUUCAAUGCCGAGUCCCAGGGCUGCAACCACGAGGAGGAUGCUGGAGUGAGAUGUAAUACCCCUGCCAUGGGCUUCCAGAAGAAGCUGCGCCUGAACGGGGGCCGAAACCCCUUCGAGGGCCGGGUGGAGGUGCUGGUGGAGAGGAAUGGGUCCCUUGUAUGGGGGACCGUGUGCGGCGAGAACUGGGGCAUCGUGGAGGCCAUGGUGGUCUGCCGGCAGCUGGGCCUGGGGUUCGCCAGCAACGCCUUCCAGGAGACCUGGUAUUGGCAGGAAAACAUCAAUGCCAACACAGUGGUCAUGAGCGGAGUGAAGUGCUCGGGAACGGAGCUGUCCCUGGCGCACUGUCGCCAGGAUGAGGACGUGGCCUGCCCCCAGGGCGGAGCACAUUAUGGGGCUGGAGUCGCCUGCUCAGAAACCGCCCCUGACCUGGUCCUCAAUGCGGAGAUUGUCCAGCAGAGCACCUACCUGGAGGACCGGCCCAUGUUCAUACUCCAGUGCGCCAUGGAGGAGAACUGCCUCUCGGCCUCGGCUGCCCAGACCAACCCCACCACGGGCCACCGGCGGCUGCUGCGCUUUUCCUCCCAGAUCCACAACAACGGCCAGUCCGACUUCCGGCCCAAGAACGGCCGCCAUGCGUGGAUCUGGCAUGACUGCCACAGGCACUACCACAGCAUGGAAGUGUUCACCCACUACGAUCUCCUGAACCUCAAUGGCACCAAGGUGGCAGAGGGCCACAAGGCCAGCUUCUGCUUGGAGGACACGGAAUGUGAAGGAGACAUCCAGAAGAGUUACGAGUGUGCCAACUUUGGCGAGCAGGGCAUCACCAUGGGCUGCUGGGACGUGUACCGCCAUGACAUCGACUGCCAGUGGGUGGACAUCACCGACGUGCCGCCUGGAGACUACCUGUUUCAGGUUGUCAUUAACCCCAACUACGAGGUGGCAGAGUCUGACUACACCAACAACAUCAUGAAGUGCAGGACCCGCUACGACGGCCACCGCAUCUGGAUGUACAACUGCCACAUAGGUGGUUCCUUCAGUGAAGAGACGGAAAAGAAGUUUGAACACUUCAGUGGACUCAUAAACAACCAGCUCUCCCCGCGGUAAGGCAGCUGCGGGCCGCUCCCGCCUGCGGGCUCUAACCGAUGGACGCCCCCCCCCCCUCGCCCGCCUGCCUGCCCGCCCGCCGUCCAGACCCUGCGGCCACGGCCACGCUCAGGAGGAAGGGGUGCCCCUGACUUGCUGGGGCUGCUGCAGAGCCUGGCGGCUCCCAGGAGUGAGUGUCCGCAGGCCGUGGGAGCAGCGCACCAGCCAUCCUGUCCGGGACCCCCGGUUGUCAUCAACGUGUCCCAUCCAAACCACCGCCCCCCAAGCCUGACACCAACCACCCUGCUCUGCUGACCACUGAUAACAUGGGGCCAGUUCCUCCUCAGGUGCCACUUUGGCGAUGCCAGCUUAAACCUGAGGGGUCAGGCUGACUCGCUUCUCCUCCUCUUAGGUCGUUUCCAGCCAACUUGAAUGUGUAGAGCUCUCUUCCAGCUACUGCCUCUCCUCCCCUCCGUCCUACCCACGUAUAAAAUAAGCUGCCACACGUUUUCUGAGAGGUGAGCUCAGAGUUGGUGCUUCUCCCCGCACCCCCGCGUCCUAUUUCCAAGACAUUAUUAUAUUAUAUUUUCAUGGACUUUGAAACACAAAGUAGUGGUAUUUAAUAUUGGCGAUCUAGGCCUUUGAAAAUAUAGCUCAAAGGAAAACCCGCCCACCUGUGUGGCUCCCGUUUCUGUCCUUGCGAGGCGGCGGGUAACUGCUAACGGUGCUAUAACCAGGGUCUCGGGUGACGAGGACACUCACGGAACACCAUGUCAUCACGGACACUUACACAUACUUGAAACUUGGAAUAAAACAUUGACGACGUG